UGGGAGGUUAGCAUAGCAGACAAGAGAAACACUCCAGUCCUGAGUGUCGCUCCACGUCAGUGUUUGUUCCCGUAGAGGACUUAAAUUGCUCUGUCUGUACUCAUGAGGAUUUACGGUGUACUGGCAUCAUGAACUACAGACUGCACCAGAAGUGAAAGUGAAACUUUGUAAGAGGUAGUGAUGAAUGGCUUCAGAGCCAGUGGCACUGAUAAAAAGGCAGGAGGCCGAGCUCAAGAUGUCCAUAUAUUAAUCGAAAGUGAGAGUGACCAGGAUGAACAAGGUCAAAAAUGAGUACAUCAGAGGGAUAGCUCAACUUGAGCAAGGGUCGAGGCUGCGAUGGUUUGGACAUGUGCAGAGGAGGCUUGAUGGACAUAUUGGACAAAGGACGCUGAAUAUGGAGACGAGGAGGUGUGACAGAAGAGGAUGCUAGUUAUAGGCUGAGAUGGAGACAGAUGAUCUACCGUAGUGAGCCCUAAAGUGAACAGGAAGAAGAAGAAGAAGAAGAAGAAGAAGAAGAAAUGAAGAGUAAACAAACAGAGGAAGAAAUGGAAAGAGACAGGCAACAGAUGGGGAGAGUUUUUGUAGCACGAGGUGAAGUCCUGUAACGACAGCGCUGAGAAACCUGAGUAAACGGAUUACCACAGUUGGCUGCGGUAGGUGUCCUUCCCCUCCAGCUUCACCUGUCAAAUCCUGAAAGUCUGAACCGAAUCAAAGUCAACCUUCACCUUACUUGUCCCAAACUAGUAGAUAUUAGACUCUGAGUUUCUGUAUGUGGUAUUUGAGGUGAAAAUAAUUUUUCUCAGAUUCACUAACCAAGAUUAAUUCCACAUUUUCUGUGCUAGACCUCUCCAUGGUCUCAUCCACAAGCUGCCACAGGAUAAUAAAGGAGUUCAUAGUUUACACCCUUUGAAUCAUUAUGGAAUAUUAGUCACAUUUCAAGCUGUGUUAACUUUUGUAUCUCUGAAUAAUAGUCUAUGCUUUGCUGCACUGUAGAUAAGCAACAGUUAACAGCAAGGAACUGGUUUUUCCUGUAGGGGUGAGAUGCUUUAUAUUUAACGUGAGAUGAACUGUAGCUAAAGAAAUAUGAUACUCAACCUUAGCCUUCACGCCUCAUGUGAGGGGUAAGUUGAUCCACCUGACACACUCAAAAAAACAGAUUCUUUGUCCUCAAUAAACACGAAGCACUAAUUUUGAGUAGAAUGCUACUGAGAUAGAUAAAAUCAAAUGUUUAUUUAGCCAGAUAAUGACAGCCAGAUUCAUUCACUGAAUUCCACCUUCAGACCAACUGUAUACUCUGUAGUUUAAAGACAGUCUAGGCAGUAUCCUGUCACGGACGAUAAUCAGCCAGGACAAUUAAUGAAAUAUCUGCUUGCAUGUUGUUGAAAUCAGCUGUGUACAUUCACAAAGAGCAUCAAACCUAUUCUGUAUUUAAAAUAUUAAAAAUAAUAUUCAUUGUUAUGAUGCAAUAUGAAUUUUAGGAUCACAUAUUUGUCUAAGCUUCUCUCCAAACUUUAUGCUCAUUUUACUCCACAGCCACUAGUUUGGGGGAAAAAAAGUGCUUCUGGCAAACAAGAGCAACGUUUUUACCAAAGCUGUGACGUAAAUGCGAUAAACAGGCAACAAACAAAGCUGAUUUAUAGAUUAGUGGAGAAAAUAGAAAGAAAUAUAUCUACUCCAAAAAUAAAACUAAAUGCUUUUGUAAUUAUGACAACAGUAUUUACUGUGUGACACUGUAGGUACAUCCCAACCCCAGUCACCAGUAAAUAUAUAUAAUAAUAUAAUAAUAAUAUAUAUAUAUAUAUACAGCUGAUCAUCAACAAUUCAACAAGUCUGCUCCUGCAGACUUGUUGCACACUACAACAGAUGGAGCACUUGUGCUGUAUUUAAGAAAGCUAAUCUGUAAAUCAGAUUGGGAGCGUCCACAUCAAUCGGACUUCGAUGAAUCAUGUGUUCAAGUGAAAAGCCACUGGACCAUCUGGGCCAUCUGAACCAUCUGGCCAUGAAGCCGUGAUUCCUCCUGAUGGUAAGAAGAUAAGGCUCUCAGUCUGUGUUCGUCUGUUAGAACGAGGCGGUAACAAUGUGUUAAUCUUCCUACUCGAAGUAAAACUAUUUUCCUAGGAGGUCAGUGUGCUGAGUGAGGUGACAGAGGACGUGCAGAAGGUUUGCUUCUGGCUGUGACUUUGGGAUAAAAUAAGGAAAAGGAUGGCAGCUUUGUACCGAUCACCCUCUCUGGGAAACAAAGAAUUAGUGGCUCUGUAUGGAGGGGAAAGAGAUCAUUAUUUUGACAAGGAUGAGGACUGUAUCAGUGAGGAAUGUGACCUGGACUCGGAGUGCAGUGAGGAAGGAAAAGACGGGAGAGGCAUUCGCAGCUCUCUGUCACUGGAAAUCGUUGGUCUGCAGAGGGAGCAGCAUGUUUACUUCUCCAACCAGGAGUACUACAGGAGGCUGGAGGAGCUGAAGAGCAAUCACCUGAGGAACAUGGCUGAGUUGGAGAGGAUGUACAUCAGCCAAGGCAAGGAAAGGCAUGGAGGGGGCGAUGACGCAUGUCUGGGAAGAAACAAAGAGGCCAGGCAGCUCCUCAGGUGUGAUUGGGCUCUGUGUAGGAAGUACAGGAUCUCCACCCCAACAUCCCCCUUUGGCCCUGCCAGGAGACUCCAGAGGAUCAAUUCCCAGGAGGAGCUGGACUUCCAGGAGUCAUCAAGUGGCUCGGACCAGUCGGAGCUCUGUGGAGAGGACAGCAUUGGGGAGCUGGACUGGACUCCCAGGCAGGAGCAAAUUUUUGAGAGAGACAUGCUGCUGAGCCCAGAGAGGAUGACGAGCCAGAACCGGUUUCGCUUCCAGCCCAAUACCUCCUGUCCGAAACCGCAGGCAAGAGUGUCCGAUCAAACUGGUGCCAGAAUUCUGCCCAACUCCAAAGUCACUGUUCCCAAACCUUUCCAGAUGAUGCUAAGAGAAGAGGAGAGGAAGAAGCACAGAGUGCGCACACGUUCGGAGAUUGAGCUGGAGAACACGCUGCUGAGGCAGGAGUUGGAAGAGCUCCGAGAAUGCCAGAAAAAGUUCCGGGCGUCACCUGCUCCGGCACACAUACACCUGCCUCUCUAUGAAAUUAUCAGCCGUCGCAAUAGUCAACGGUCAAACCAAAGCAGAAGCAACACCAACAAUAACAGGAACAUGGAUGCUACAAGCACCCAGACCUCUACUGCACUCUCACCACAGCCUUUUCAGUUUUUGGAGAGAGAAAGGAGGAAGAAGGAGGCCAGGAUUGUGGCAGAGCUUGGAAAGUUUGGUGAGAGAAUUGAGCGACAUAACUUCAAGGCAAAGCCAAUGCCCACAUCUAUUUAUGGCACCAGACACAGAGAGGGCACCAUGACUACAAGCCAUGAUCCCCACACUCAAAUCUUCUACAAAAUGGAAAGAGAAGCUAAUGAGAGCCAAAGUGAUCAAAGCUCAGACCUGGAGCUUGAUAUGCACCAAUCCGACUCCUCUCUCGACUCCUGCAGGUCCCAAAGAAGUCCUUCUUCCAAGCCAAUGAAGAAGCAAAUACAGCUGUCCAUUGAGAUGGUGAAGGAGAGAGAGACCCCUAUCACUGACCCCAGCGGCUGCAACAUCUGCUUGUCUCAACAGCUGGGUGGCCCAGAGCUUCUGCUCAGUAACAAAGGUGUUCUCAGUGUGUGACAAAGUGUUUAAAACUCACAGCAAAAAGGGAGACGAGGAGCAGCUACAUCUACACUGUUUUUGAGUUAGUUUUACAAUGCAGGCAAGUCAACAUGGUUUCUAGUUGCUCUUGAUCAAACAAUAAAACACGGUUAAAGAAA